AUGGUGCCGAUCGGCCGAGCACGCUGCUGGUCGGAGACGGUGGAGGUCCAUGGAGGCCCAUCAGCACUGCUGAUGUUGGUCAAGCUGGUGCCACAGUUGAGCCACAACCAUCUGCAGAAGGCGACAGCGGAGCUGGUGUCGAAUGCCGUGCGACUUUGUCAAGAGCAGGUGAUCGGUUGUGUGAAGUUGCUCAUCCAGGCGCUCAUCUCGAAGCAAAGCCCGGAGUUGGCCUUAGACGCUGCCUGGGCGCUCAACGAGAUGGCGCACAACAAUCCGCUGGUCUCCGGGUGGAUUCGGGACGCGGGUGGACAACAGGCUCUGCAAGAGUCCUUGGUGGUGUACUGCUCUCACAGGGAGCACGUUGACUGCUGCAUUUGGUUGUUGCGCAUGAUUGGAGGGGUGCACGGUCUUCUCCAACUUCUCCAAACGGAGCCACUUCCGGCAGAGGUCUUGCUGGCGCUGCUGCAGGUGCUUCGGAAGGACAACACCUGCUGGCGCAACAACCAGGGCCCACUGGACGAGGCGCCUCAGCUACUGCGCUGCUGCGCGCAGCGCUUGGCGCAGUGUGGUCAAGCGCCCCCGCUGCUGCAGGAGGCCUCGGCUCUGCUGCAGGACGACAAACAGACGUCUUUCGCCGCGGACGUGGAGACAGCUCGAAGUUGUUGUAAUAUCUUGUGCUCCCUGGCGAAGGUGGGCCGUGUGGACAGUCAACACUAUUUGAGGACCACUGAAGUCCUACAGGCGCUGCAGAGUGCGGCACAGCUGGGCUCAGGUCAAGAGCUGGAAGUGUCGGUCGGCCAGACCCUGGGUUUCAUCUUGGGCCUUCCAGAGGCCAUCCAGCUCUUCUCUGGCCUGGGCGAGUUCGCAGUACAGGGUGUGUUGCGGGCCUUGCGAGAGCUUUGCAACACGGAGGAUGUGGAAGCCAUUCGGCUGUUGCCGCAGAUGGUGGGAGAGCUUCUAAAGCUGCAAAAGAAGACGCCCUUCACUUCCUGCAUCCACCUAGCGCUCUUGGACGCCCUGGGCUCUUGCUGUAGCUCCCUUUCGCCUCACCUGGCGCCGGGCGCCUGCGCCGAGCUGGACGAGGCGGUGCGGCUCAUUGCUUCGCGGCUGCACGAGCCGAUGAAGAUCCCCGAGGAGGACCAGCAUGGCUACUCCUGGAGAGAACAGUUGGAGCUGAUCUUCGAUCCCCUAGGAAAGGUGACCCUGGCCAAAGAUGCCUGGAGAGACGCGUUGCUGAAACACGGUGCCAAAGAAGCCACGCAGCAGCGAAUCCUGGAGCUCGUCGGGGACCGGCGCUUGGAGAAGUACUGCGUUUGGCUCUUGGCCGCGCUGGCAGGGAUGCCCUUCGUGGUCCAGGAGCUUCAAAAGCAUUUGGAGAGGCCGGAGGUGGUCGAUGCCUGCAUGUGUGCCAUCAUCGAUAUCCUAGAUGAUGACUUAGACUGCGAUUGGCUCCUCAGUGGGCGAACGCUCAUGGCCACGCGACAAGAGGUGCCAGGCUUGUUGGAGCUCAUCGCCCAGGCGAUGACGGCACAUCCGCAGGAUGCCAUUGUCCAGAGUCGCGGAUGCCAUUGUCUCGUCCUUCUCAUGCGCAUGGUGCCGCACGUGGGCGAGCUCAGCCAGGCUUGCCUGGAGAUCAUUCUCAAGACCGUGCUGCAUGCCUACAACAGUCACUACCAACAUCUCAGUGCUGUGCGCGACAUCAGUUUCCUGCUGCGGAGCUUGUUGGAACCCCGAAAUGGUCAAGAAGCUCAAGCCUCCUGGGCGCAAAAGCAACUGGCGCAGCACCUCCAACAGGAGUUCACUCACCGUCAACUGGAGAGCAGUGUGAAGCACUUCGCCGGCUUCGAUGACGCCUACAGAUGCGGCGAGCUCUUCGAAAACGCGCUGGCCUGUGUGGCGCUGCUGAGUGGCGCGGGGCGGAUGAUGAACUUCCUCAUGGAGUCGGAAGAGCUGCCAGGUCACCUGACGCUUUGCAUCAGUGGCUUCAAGGCCCUCUUCGAGCUCGCUGGAAGUAGGUGUGCGGUGCUCGGAGAGGCGAAUGGGAUCGUCCUGGAGGGCCACAUCGUUGGACAGGGAUGUCCGGGAGUGCAAGCGGCGCUGCGGCGCCUGGUGCAGGGCCGCGAGGACGAGCAACUUCGGCAGGCGGCGGUGCUCCUGGAUGGGCUCUGCGAAGCCUUGAAGCAAGCCUAG